AUGCAACCGGGCAUCCGCACGUUGCGGUUUGUCGACAAAAGCAUUAAAAUGCACCCACUCGAUUCAUUCGUUCGCCCGUUCACUCUCGGCGUCCUGAUGCUGUUGCUGGUGUCCUUGCCGCCCCGGACCGGCGCCGAAGAUUGUCCUCCUGUGGAAUCGGAUCGUCCGAGGGUGCGCGUGAUCGGUGGCAACCAGUCCGACAUCACCCGGUUCCCGUGGAUGGUGGCGUUAUUUUACCGGGAGCGGUUCACCUGCGGUGGCAGCCUGAUUAACGAUCGCUUCGUCCUGACGGCGGCUCAUUGUGUGGUGCGGCAGGAUGCGAACGGGUUCGAGGUGUUCCUGCACCGUCCCAGCAUCGUCACCGUAGCUGAAGACGCUAUCCAUCGUCGGGUGGCUCGCAUCAUCGUCAAUCGCUACCAGCAGCUUCGGCAAAACAACGACGUGGCGUUGUUGCAGUUGAAGGAACCGAUCCGACCGGAAGAUGGGCUCGUGCCGAUUUGCCUUCCGGAAAGUGAUGGGACGUUUGAAGGACGCAUGGGGACAGUGACGGGUUGGGGUACGACGGAAUCGGGCGAGCUUUCGGAACUGCUGCAGCAGUUGACCGUACCCAUCAUGACCAACCAGCAGUGUCGCAGGUCCGGAUACUUCCGGUUUCAGAUCACCGCAAAAAUGCUGUGUGCUGGGUAUCUCGAGGGGGGCCGAGAUUCCUGCCAGGGGGAUAGCGGGGGACCACUGCAGCUGGCAAAGGACGAAAGUGGGCGUCAACAGAUCGUGGGUGUUGUGUCGUGGGGCAACGAAUGCGCCCAACGGAACUACCCCGGGGUGUAUGCGAGGGUGUCGCGGUUCGUGGGGUGGAUCCGGACCCAGUGCCGAGGGGCAUGCUGGUGUGCGUGAGGAAAAUAUCGAUGAGAAAAAGCGGGAAA